AUUACACAACCCUAAAAGGCUAACUGACAUAACUCCACUCAAAACCGAAUCCACUUGCAUUGAAGCCUCGACUGCAAUCGAGGGAUCCCCUUACCGUUUCGUUUUAAUGCUAGAAAAUCCUGUCGAUUCGCUUCGCAGUUAUUCGAUUCACCAAUGGGAGCGAGCCGCAAGUUACAAGGAGAGAUUGAUCGCGUCUUAAAGAAGGUUCAAGAAGGCGUUGACGUCUUCGACAGUAUCUGGACCAAGGUUUACGACACUGACAAUGCAAACCAGAAGGAGAAAUUUGAGGCAGAUCUGAAAAAGGAGAUCAAGAAGCUGCAGAGAUACAGGGACCAGAUUAAGACAUGGAUUCAGUCAAGCGAGAUCAAGGAUAAAAAGGUUAGUGCCUCUUAUGAGCAGGCCCUGGUGGAUGCUCGCAAGCUUAUAGAGCGUGAAAUGGAGAGAUUUAAGAUUUGUGAAAAGGAGACGAAGACAAAAGCAUUCUCUAAAGAGGGACUGGGUCAACAACCCAAAACUGAUCCAAAGGAGAAGGCUAAAUCAGAGACAAGAGAUUGGUUGAACAAUGUGGUUGGGGAGUUAGAAUCUCAAAUCGAUAGCUUUGAAGCUGAGAUGGAGGGACUAUCUGUUAAGAAAGGGAAGACAAGGCCACCCCGACUGACACAUUUAGAGACGUCUAUCACACGGCACAAGGCUCAUAUAAUGAAGUUAGAAUUGAUAUUAAGGCUAUUGGAUAAUGACGAGUUAAGUCCUGAGCAGGUCAAUGAUGUCAAAGACUUCUUGGAUGAUUAUGUUGAACGCAACCAGGAUGAUUUUGAUGAAUUUGAUGAUGUUGAUGAGCUUUACAACACAUUACCAUUAGACAAAGUGGAGUCACUUGAAGAUCUGGUUUCAAUUGUUCCUCCUCUGGCCAAGGUUGCUCCUGUUCUUAGCUUGAAGACUCCUCUGUCAACAUCCGCAUCCCAAAUGCCUGCUACUCCAACCUCUAAUCAUCAGCCAGGCACUUCUGUCCAUGACCAAUUUGAUGAUACAGCUUCCCAGGAUAGUAAUUCUGAUAGCAUUGCACGAACGCCGCCUGCAAAAAAUUCUGUGGUGGGUUCUCCUGCUGCAUCAACACUUACUGGGAGUCAUGCAACUCCUGUUCCAGUGAAUGUUCCGUCUAAUAGUUUGCCCGCAAUAUCAGCUGCCUCCGCUAAUCUUCCUGGCUCAACUUCUGUGCACGGUGGUUUAGAAAAUGCUAGUACUGUUGUUACUUCAUCCACGGGAAGUUUGACAGGUUCUGUAAAGGAAGACGAAAUCACAAGCCUCUCUGGUUAUAGGCCAUCCCCAACUCUUGCUGAUGCUGGACUAAUAAGGGGUAUUGGUAGAGGUGGCUUCUCCAGCCAGCCUACAUCUAGCAUCCCUCUUAGUUCGGGCAGUGUGGUCCCCAGCAAUGGGGCUCUUGGUACACUGCCCUUGACGUUGGAUACGGCGAAGAGGAAUUUAAUGGUUGCUGAUGAAAGACUUGGGAGCAGUGCAAUGGUACAGCCUCUAGCUUCCCCAAUAAGCAAUAGAAUGACCUUGCCUCAGGCUAUCAAGGCUAAUGAUGGGACUGGCUCAGUUGAUUCUGCUAAUAUUGGUGAGGCUGCUGCUUUAGGUGGUAGGCCUUUUUCCCCUACGGUUCCUGGCAUGCAGUGGAGGCCUGUAAGUUCCUUUCAAUCCUUUCAAAACCAGAACGAGCCGGGGCAGUUUCGUGGAAGAACUGAAAUAGCACCUGAUCAAAGGGAGAAAUUCUUACAACGGCUCCAGCAAGUGCAGCAGCAAGGUCACAGUACCAUUCUUGGCAUGUCUUCUCUUACUGGGGGAAAUCAUAAACAAUUUUCUGCCCAACAACAAAAUCCACUCUUGCAACAGCUUAAUUCUCAAAGCUCAGCUGUUUCUUCGCAGUCUAGUUUGGGACUUGGAAUCCAAGGACUGGGUCUCAAUAAUGUUUCAUCUGUGACUUCACAGCAGCCAACUUCCAUCCAUCAACAGUCUAAUCAACAAGCACUAAUGUCAAGUGGUCUACAAGAUGCUGACACUGGACACUUGAAACUAGAGGAGUCGCAGCAACAGCAAAAUUUACCUGAUAAUUCGAAUCCUGAAUCUGCCCCUAGUUCGGGGUUUGGCAAAAAUCCUGUGAAUGAGGAUGACUUGAAAGAUCCAUAUACAGUGGAUGCUCCUACAGGAUUAUCUGGUUCUGUGGCAGAUCUUCCCCAAGUGCCAAGAGAUAUUGAUCUCUCUCCUGGGCAACCUUUACAAUCCAAUCAACCUUCUGGUGGCCUUGGGGUUAUUGGACGAAGAAGUGUUGCCGACCUCGGGGCAAUUGGUGAUAGCCUCAGUGCAUCAUAUGCGAGCCCUGGGGUAGUGCAUGAUCAGAUGUACAAUCUGAAAAUGCUUGAAGCUGCAUACUACAAACUUCCUCUACCCAAGGAUUCAGAACGUCUAAGAAGCUACACUCCAAGGCACCCUGCUGCUACACCUGCUAGCUAUCCCCAAAUUCAGGCACCAAUUGUUAAUAAUCCUGCAUUCUGGGAACGUCUAUCUAUUGAUAGUUAUGGAACUGAUACACUGUUCUAUGCAUUUUACUACCAGCAGAACACUUAUCAGCAAUAUUUGGCUGCACGUGAACUGAAGAAGCAAUCUUGGAGAUAUCACAGAAAAUACAACACAUGGUUUCAACGGCAUGAGGAGCCCAAAAUAGCCACUGAUGAAUAUGAACAGGGGACAUAUGUCUACUUUGAUUUUCAUAUUGCCAAUGACGAAUCCCAACAUGGGUGGUGUCAAAGGAUCAAGACAGAGUUUACUUUUGAGUACAACUAUCUUGAAGACGAACUUAUGGUUUCGUAGCUUUGCUCGAGAUGAUUUGUCUACAAUGAUCGAUCCCCCUGUUCUGCACCAUAUCAACUAGGUGAUGCUUUUUUCGCGUAUUCUUUUCUUUUCUAAUUUCAACUGUAUAAACUAGGAUUACCAUCUAGACUGAUCUUGGUGAUUGGAAUCAUAUAUACUAACAUUUCUUUGUGCGUGCUGGUAAAAGGUACAUCAAAAGAUACUCAAAAUUUUUGGAUAUGUCAGUUUCUUCUUGAUGUUUCAUUUACGAUAUUGUAGAAGAGGGAUAUUGUAGAAGAUGGAACCGUCUGCGCCUUUGCUCCUUUUA